CCACAUUUAUGCGUAACAAAAUUUUUCUAUGUGAUCUUUAAGUGAAAAAACACAAGAAAUUAGGACAUUGGUUGGGUUUGCGAAACCAUUUCUAGAGGCGUCGGCUGGAUCAGUUGAUGGGCGGUGUUUUUGACGGCGUUACAUGAGAUUUAUUCAUUCAUAACAGCACAGAUAAAUGUGUCUACAGCGAGGACGUUUACCUGGCCCCUGGGCGAUGUGGCUCUGACGGAGGGCGCCGCUCGGCCCGUAUUGUUUCCAGGAUGUGACCUUCUCCUUGUCAAGCUGACUGCAUCAGCAACACAAUGGCAGGGUUCGAUCCCUGGGUGAUUCCGCCGGAAUCUCGGGCGAAAUUUGACGCCCAGUUCCGUCAGAUGCAGCCUACGGGAGGCUUUAUAACAGGUGAACAAGCCAAGAAGCUGUUCCUUCAAUCUGGAUUACCACCUGCAGUUCUUGCCAAAGUAUGGUCCUUAGCAGACAUGGAUGCAGAUGGCAGGAUAAACCAGCAUGAGUUUGCCGUGGCCCUGCACCUAAUCCAGAUGAAGCUGAAAGGCAUUGAGCUGCCAGCAACUUUGCCAGCUUCCCUCCGGUCGCCAACGACAUUCCCUACUGCAAACUUUGCUGCCGCCUUUGGGCCCCCACUUGAGUCCGUGGGUUCACCGGUGGCUCAACCUCUAGUCAACACAGUAGCUCCUGUUCCAGGUCCUGCCUUUCCCGUGGUGCCCUCUCCUCCCACCUUGGCUGGCACUCCCCAUCCGGCGCCACUGGGCAUUCUUCCAGGUGUCGGUGUUCCACCCAAGCCACCGGCGCCUGCCUUCGUGCCACCUGCUGCCUCCACGCCGCCUUCACUGACGGAGUGGGCAGUGCCGCAGCCUUCGAAACUCAAGUACACCCAGCUGUUCAACACGCACGACCGAAGCCGCAGUGGGUUUCUCGGCGGCGGCCAGGCUCGCACCAUUCUACUCCAGUCAGCCUUGCCUCAGCCUGUUCUUGCCCAGAUCUGGAACCUGUCAGACAUAGACUCUGAUGGGCGACUAACAUGCGAGGAGUUUGUUCUUGCCAUGCACUUGGUGGACUGUGUGAAAGCAGGGGAUGCAUUACCAGCCAAGCUUCCUCUGGACUUAAUACCACCUUCAUACCGGCGCAAGCGGUCAGACAGUGUCCAGUCCUCAGGUCCCAUGCCAGAGUUACUGGGUGCGCUGCCAGGUGAGAUGCCGCUCGACGACAAGAACAUGGCCACCUUUGAGGACAAGCGGAGGGCUAACUUUGAGAAGGGCCAGGCAGAGCUGGAGAAGCGGCGGCAGGCCCUGCUUGAAAGCCAGCGCAAGGAGCAGCAAGAGAGGGAACGCAAGGAGCGUGAGGAGCAGGAGAAGAGGGAGCGCAUACGACAAGAGCAGGAGAGGCGUCGUCAAUUGGAACUUGAAAAGCAGCUGGCUCGGCAGCGAGAGAUUGAACAGGAGAAAGAAGAACAGAGAAGGAAAGCACUGGAACAAAGAGAGGCUGCUCGGCGAGAGAUGGAGAGGCAACGCCAGCUGGAGUGGGAGAAGCAGCGGAUGCAGGAGCUGCUCUCCCAGAAGCAGCGGGAGCAGGAGAACAUCAGCCGGCUCAAAGGUCACAGGAAGGCCCUCGCGCUGCAGAUUGAACAAGUGGAGAACAAAAUUAACGAGGCGAACCAAAAACUGGCAGACACAAAGAAAGGUGUUGCUGAGAUGAAAGCGUUCAUUGAUGAGAUGAGAGUAGAGAGAGACACCAAAAUGAGGGAGCUCAACGAAACAAGAUUGGAACUGAAGGAAAUCAACGACAAAAUGCUUCUCUUGAAUCAAGAGAAACUUAGCCACCAGGGCCGGUUGAAAACCAUCGGAGCCAACAAUAAUUACUCUCUCGCAAUGAACAGCUGUGGGAGCAAAGAGAUCAGUUUGAACAUGUUACGUUCAACGCUGGCCAGCGUUGAGAAGGAAGCCGAGCUCAAGCAGCAGGACGUCGACAAUAACAAUGCUCAGCUAAAGGAGUUAAAAGAUAGGUUAGCGGACCUUGUUCAGCAGAACGAGACAUUGAUGAGAGAAUUUACUCAGAAGAAGCAGCAAGUUCUAGCACUAAAGAAGCAGAAGAGCAGUUCCAUAACAUUAGAUGCCUGGAAUGACAACUCGGAGUUUGCAUCUGCAGAUUCAUGGCCAGGUGAAAGCACUCAGCCCGAGCCUUCCUCUGGUCUUGUAAAAUACAGAGCGCUAUAUGCAUUUGAGGCACGAAAUGCUGAUGAGCUUUCGAUAAUGCCAGGAGACAUUAUCAUGGUGCAGGAGAACCAGCACGGGGAACCGGGUUGGCUCGGGGGAGAGCUACAGGGCAAGACAGGCUGGUUUCCAGAGUCCUACGUUGAGAAGGUGGUUACCUCGCCCACUGGUGGCUUUCCUGUGGACAACAACCAGGUGGCCGCAGCAGCCGGCGCGGCUGAGACUGUGCACAUCGUGGGAACCGAGAUGAAGAUGACCCUGGAAGGAAUUUCCGAGGCCCCGGAGAAUGGUCGCGAGCCGGCACUGGACGAAGUGUCUGCGCCCGAUGUUCUGCAGCCCUCGGAGAACUCCUGCUUUACCCAGCUACCCCGGGGGGCCCCCAGUGUGGACACCACAUCUCCUGUGCCUGGCGAGGGAGAAACUGCCCCACAGGGCUUGCAGGCACAAGCUUUGUUUCCGUGGAGAGCGAAGAAGGAAAAUCAUCUCACUUUCAACAAAGGCGAUGUCAUUGCAGUCAAAGAGCAGCAAGACAUGUGGUGGUACGGCGAAUUCCAAGGAAAGCUGGGAUGGUUUCCAAAGUCUUACGUCAGACUCAUCUCAGGCCCUGUGAAGACAUUCAACAACCAGGUGGCGGAUUUACAAGAAUUUGGAGAUGUGCCUCCUGAACCCCCAGCAGAUUUCCCAGUUGCAGCCGAGGAGAAGUACAUUGCCCUGUAUGCAUACCAGUCUCAGGAGCCAGGUGACCUGAGCUUCAAUGCCGGUGACGUGAUCAGUGUCAGCAAGAAAGAAGGCGAAUGGUGGACGGGGACGUUGGCUGGCCAGACGGGAAUCUUUCCUAGCAACUACGUACGCCUGUACGAACCAGAAGUCAAGGAGGAGAAAGCAGCAUCUGCUGCUGAGGAAAUUCCUCUGAAUGCAACUUCCACAUUGCCGACCAAUGAAGAGUUGGGCUUCACUGGAGCGGAGCCAGCAAGACCGGAAACGCCACAAAGUGAUGGCAAGGUGAAGAAUUCCAAGAUAAUAAAGAAGCCAGAAAUAGUGUCGGUCAUAGCCCCUUACAAAGCGACUGGCCCGGAGCAGCUGACGUUGGAGAAAGGCCAGCUCAUUCAAGUGCGGAAGAAAACGGACAGUGGCUGGUGGGAAGGAGAACUACAGGUCAAAGGGAAGAAGCGGCAAACUGGCUGGUUCCCUGCUACUUACGUGAAGGUCCUGGGUGGAAGUGGCACAAGCAGCAGCCGAAACUCUCCUGUUCCUGCGACAUUUGGCUCCAGCACUCGUGGAGAGCAAGUGCGUGCCCUGUUUCCCUUCAUCGGGCAACAAGACGACGAGCUGUCCUUCCAGAAGGGUGACAUCCUGGUUGUUUUGAGCAAGGAAGAUGCCUCCUGGUGGAAAGGGGAGAUUGCGGGCCGAGUCGGACUCUUCCCAGCCAACUACGUGGAGCCCCUCGACAGGCCAGUUGACAAAUGCGGCAGCCUGCAGGAGAUUCUGUUCAGCCCUUCGCUCAGCACUCGAGAGAAGAAACGCCAGGGUCACAUCUACGAGCUCAUCUCCACGGAGGAGAACUACGUCAAGGACCUGACCCUCGUCAAAGAGGUGUUCUACCGUCCCAUGAAACAGUCGUCGCUGUUGUCCGACGAGGAGGUGAAGCUCAUCUUCGUGAACUGGCCCGAGCUGAUCAUGAGCAACACCAAGAUGCUCAAAUCGUUCAGAGUGCGCCAGCGAAUGAGCGAAGAUGGCGUCAUCGAAAUGAUCGGAGACAUUCUCUGCGAAAGCCUUCCAUACCUGACUCCGUACGUGAGGUUCUGCAGCUGCCAGGUGCGAUCCAUGGCCUUCAUUCAGCAACGGUCCGAAAACGACCCCCGCUUCAAGGCAUUCACCAGGGAAUUCUGCAAGAAUCCGCGAACGCGAGGCAUGCCCUUCACGAGUUUCCUGCUCAAGCCCAUGCAGAGGAUGACCAAAUAUCCUCUCAUGAUCAAGAAGAUCCGCGAGUACACGGACGCGAGCCACCCUGACCGCGGCUACCUGGACGAGGCGCUGGAGAAGGCCGAGCAGCUGUGCACCCAGAUCAACGAGGCGGUCAAGGAGCGCGAGAACGCCGACCAGCUGGAGUGGGCCCAGGCGCACAUCCAGUGCAACGGAAUCUCCGAGAGGCUCGUGUUCAACUCGCUCACCAACAUCCUCGGUUCCAGAAAGUUCCUCCACUCGGGAUCGCUCACCAAGGUGAAGAGCGGCAAGGAGCUGGUGGGCUUCCUGUUUAACGACUUCCUGCUGCUGGCGCAGCCGAUGCGCGACGUCGGCAGGGUCACCAACGUCUUCAUGUCCGACAAGGCGAUGAACGCCUCCUACAAGCUGUACAAGCAGCCACUGUUCCUGAACACGGUGCUGGUGGAGGACGGCUCGGACGGAGGCAGCCCGUCGGACGACACCUUCCAGAUAUCGGUACCCGACGCCCCCCGCAGCGUCUUCCGUGCGGCUAACGCCAACGAGAAGCUACUCUGGGUCAAGAAGAUCAAAGAGGCGGCCCACAACUACCGCAACACGGAGGCGAAACAGAUGAAGGUCUCAGCCAAGGCGCCGAAGCUCAGCGGCGUCGGCCGCCUGCUAGUUGUCGUAGUCGAAGGCCGCAACCUGAGAAGCGGAGCGGCGCACGGCCAGUGCGACCCGUACUGCGAGGUGAGCAUGGCCUGCCAGGAGCACAAGACGCACGUCGAGACGGCCACGAGCAGCCCGCAGUGGAACAGCUCCAUGCAGUUCCUCGUCAGGGACCUGCGAAGGGACGUGCUCUGCCUGACCGUCUUCAACCGGGAGCUGUUCUCGCCCAACGACUUCCUGGGCCGCACCGAGGUGCGCGUGUGGGACAUCGUCCAGGAGACCCGGCAGACGCGGGGUCCCAUCACCAAGCAGCUGCGUCUCUACGAGGUGGACCAGGGUGAAGUGGUCAUCCGGCUCGACUUGCACAUCUUCGAGUCGUGACGACGUGCCUCGUGCUGCUUCCGGCGUCGCCCGCCGCCGGGCCCUUUUUUGCCGUCGGGCCCAUUGUUUUUUCGUACAUGCCGCCGCGGCUUCUGCGUGCUGGCACCCUGUCGAAGGCCGGCGUGUCGCGGCCGGAUAAUCGCCGAUGCCGGUAAUGGUGCCACGGCGCUUCUUUUUCGCGCAAUGUGGCGAGCGUCUCUCUCGCCAAGGCUUGCGCGGUCACGCCGUGUCUCCCAGCGUGAGUCGAAGCGCGAGUCUGUCCAGUGGGACGAUAUAGCUGAAAGUAAGUUUGCCCACCGCGGCCGCAUACUGUGAAAGCUUGAUUUCUUUACCGGUGUCUCGAGAGUCAAGGAAUCCUGCAGGAUUGGCGCGAGGAAGGUGGACAGCGGUAGCGCUGGCUUCGUCAGGGAGGCGUACAGGCCGGUUUCCUCGGUUGCGUACUUAUACGAACCAUAUCCAUUGCAGCCACCGCGCCCGAAAUGCGCGUUUCCUUCACAUCCCGGGCUAAAUAAGCAUCGCAGAACACGACAUAAAUGAUGUUACGUACCCUACAAUGUGCAGAUUCGAACCACCGACUUGCAUUUUCAAAGAAGGGCUAGUAUGGUGUAACGAUUCUAUUCCAAACCUACUGAUCGCUUUUCGCGCUUAGUCAGUGGUACAGGAGCUGCGCUGUUACCACGUUAUGACCGCAAUCGGCCGGUGGUGAACGGUGGAUGAUGGAGAAAUAACAUUGGCCGGAAGGAAUGUCGUCACGUUAUACCGGCCUGGGUGGGGUUCUACUGCACUACAGCAGCGAAUGGCAACGCGGCUGUUCGCGAUGUUGAUAUUCGCGAUUGGACAGAUACUGGGAAGUUCCCUGCCACAGAAGGGCGCAGCAGACUGGCUGCGCUGGGUAGAAUUCGUGUAAACAAGCCUCCCAGUUGUACCUGAUCAUAUUUUGUUGAAGCGGUGGUUCUCGGGGGAACGUUAAUUAGUUGCUUUUUGGAGCACUGGUGGAUGCAAAACUUAAGUUGGGACCCUCCAGUGGUGACUUUGUGACCACCGCGCCUUCUACAGGGUGCCUGCACUUUUCUAUACGGGUGUGAAAGCGGGAGUCCCCGCGUGACGUGGUCAUGUCCAGGCAUUCAAUCAUCUAUCUUAGCUUCUGCGCUAGGUUACGUAGGCCGUCGAGGCUGUAUGACGAGUCUCAAAUAGCGAGCUGCCCAAGGGCGCCUGUACCUGUGUCGUGUCAUCAUGUGGCGCCCGAAUGCAGUGCCUAGAAUAGCCAGGGAAGCAGGCGACAUGCUCACUCCACGAGAGCACAGUGAUCAUUUUCGACGUAGGACGCGUAGACCCAGGUGAAUAGUUUUAGUGAAACUCUUCGGCGUAGUGUUACCUCACCGCGUUACGGACCCCCAGCCAAUGUGCCGUCUGUUAUCGUGAGUAGCCCAUCGUGACCUUCGCCUGAGUGCGCAUUUGGCCCUGUGACAUUACUGCAUUUGACAACGAACAUUGGUGUAAUCUUGGACUGUAAAUGCACUCGUGGCGUGUACAGCUUCACAGAAAGAUAGUAUUGUUCAUUGCAACUAAAUAAAUAUUAGGAUUCCUGUCCGUUCUAACGAACGGUCACGUUGGGCUACAUUUCUAUAGCAGACGGUGCGUGCACGUCUGUGUAAGGGAGCUGGCGCAGCUUUGCCGAAAGUGAUUUCUCAUUGUGAGUCUGGAACGCUGAAACUAGCGGUCCGACGAGUAAGACGUUUUGCGUUUUGAUUCUCUUUCGCGCCACUAUCGGAUACUAGUCUUCUGGGCAGCUCGGCCGGCUGGGAAAAUUGGAGAAAAUUAAAUCUCCUGUGGGUCCUGCUCAAAGACCAGAGAGUAUUUUCCGUUCGCUUUGAGCGAAGAAAUGCCAACUACAAAGCCGUGCCAGCUUUCGCUCGUAGCCGCAUGUGGCUGCGGCCAAGUAAGCGUGACUCUAGAUAUCCGCCUUAUAUGCACAACGCAUAGGCAUCACUCGUGGGUACUACGCGGAUGCGAUCGCGAUGACUCAGCCGAGAAUUGUUUAAUGGAAUUAUCAGCGCAACGAGCCACUACGGAACGCCACGUCUGUGUAGUUGACGAGACCGUAGAAGAGUGAACAUAGAAAAACUCAAGCUUAGAAAGUAAGCGACGUAGCGCUACAGUUGGUGAAAAUUGCCGAGCGUCGCGGUUUUUCAAGGCAGGUCACUUCAAGCAGGAAGAAGCAGGAAGCAAAUAAUAAUAAUAAUAAUAAUAAGACGGCCAUAAUACGGGAUGGAAGCAAAAACCCACUCGACCGUCAUUGUGCGUUUCAAAGCUGCCGCUCGUUCCACGCAGUGCCCGCGAGCUCGCGUUGACUUACGAACCCCGAUUCUGUGCGAGCUUUCGCAGUGUACUUCGUACACGAGAGUUUUUCGUUAGAACGGACACCGAUAAAAGGGCGAGGGCGAACGGGACAACAGUGGGUGUAUACGCCGGCCAGUGACGAACGCUUCCCUACACGGCCGUAAAAGCUUUUCCCGAGUUCGGCCCCUGCGGUCUCUCGCGAGUUCACCGUACUCGAGACUCGAGUACAAGCUUAUAUGUCGUGCCCCGCGUGGCCACGCUUUCGCAAGCGGGCCUACAGGGUUACCAAAACUUUUAUGUUGUACCUGUUACGAAGCCGUCAUCUUGCCUGUGCUGUGUGAGUAGGAAAUCACUGUUAAUUUUUUUUUUUUUUUCGUGAGCAAAAUGGUGCACGACAGGAUGACGUCACGUCAUUGUUUUACCUGCCUGCCUUUAUUAUUAUUUUUUUGUCACGUUUUUUGUAGUGACAGCGGCGAUCAUUCUCUGACCGCGUAAGUUGUCCAUUUGCGUUCCGACCGGGGGCACAAAUGCCGUCAGUGCCGCUCGCCGACGACACACAUGCUAGUCUCAAGAGGCAUUCCCAUACUGCUGCAGAGAGUUUCGCGACUUUAUCGGAGCUUUCCCCGAGUGUUAUAGUUUUUGUUUAAUCAUUGUGUGUGUUUGGAGCGAGAAAGUGAAGCAAGAUUUGAUUGCUUGUAUAGGGAACUGUCGGCGUAGUUAUCUGUCCUCAGUUCGAUCUUCGCCGCGAGGUUCGUUGAGAGGUGUCUUCUCUCUGUCCCAACAAUCAGUUCAUAUACGCUAUUUUCUCGUGUAAUGGUCGACUAAAUAUUUUUCUUAAUUUCCCGCGAUAUAGCGGUUCUCGAGGCUAUGGAGCAGUAGGCAACGGACGCAUGCCGGUAUACGGAUGAAACGCGUCCCGGAACAGCAGCGCCUAUGCAGCAGCGUCAAGUGAUGCUGGGAUCCCACUAGCUGGAGAAGUUCUUGUGUCUCACGUCUAAUCGCUCUGCAAAAAGCAAAGAUGUAAAAAAAAAACGCCUUCUUGGUUAUUCUGUCGUUGCCGACGAGUUUACGAAAGGAAAUGAAUUGAAUACAAUUGCUCAUAGUGGUAAGAUUUGCGCGCGCGCGGUUUGGUUGAACACAGCGUCGCAAGACGUCGCCGUGGACGCUUACAGUAUCUACUAAUGCGACUCCGCUAUGCGGUAUCUCUCUAUCAACUGCAUGAAGCUAGUAGAGAAAGCGUAUCCUGUUCUGAAGGACCCUCAAGAACACGGUUUUGUGUGUGUCGUUCGACCUCGUCAUCGGAUUUCUGUAGUUUUUCAUUGUUUACAGUGUUUUGAAGCCGUUUUUGUCCAAUUCUUGAACGGGAUGUUCUAGAUGUCUUCAGUGCGCGGCGUUGAAUAUUUGCUGAGGCCUUUAUCCGGAGCAGGGAAGUCUGCGUAUGGAGGCCCCGGCGUUUCGCAGCAGCCUGUAAGUAAAUGUUUAAACAAGCCACCAGAUUAUUCUACCCGAGAGUCAAUUCUGUUAACUAAUAAUCAAGAAAUCGUCGCGUCCUCUCAUUGUGUGCACUGUACGAACUGGGCGUGGGUAUAUGGAGUUCCGCUAUACAUUUGCGUGCGAAUGUGUGCUGCAGAAACUUCGUACCAAACAUUUGGUGCCGUGCAAAAGCCGACGGAUGCGGUGUCUUGUGCCACGAGUUUAAUGCGGUAGAGGGUUUUAUGUUAGCGAAACGAAAGAUCAGGCGGAACGGAGUGUCGAGAAAUUCGGGAUGUGUAGCUGACGGGAAUUCGGCUCGCUAAGCACUAUCACCAGGAGCGAGUCUACGAAAUUCAUUGGAGGCAAAACACGAAGCGAAUCAGUAUUCCACAGCGUGCGCAUAGCCGCGUUUAGUGUCCCCCCAGGGUCGCGGUGGUCCCGUGUAGCCACUGCGACUACAACGCUGCCCGUAGAAACCGUUAAUACGUAACCUUUGUCGAAAGAAACGUAGCUGCUAAGAGCAGACGUGUAGAGUCAUGGCUGUGCCGUGCUGCACCUGUGGAACACCUUAAUGCAUAUCGAGGAUGAGAACGAAACAGCCUCUAUCUCCAGGACCUUCUGAGCAGUGCGGUUGCCACAGAAAGUUGACCAGACGUCUGGGAGUCAGCUUCGCUAGUGCUCGCAAUGGUUUUAUUUCUUUCGGCAAAGGCUGUGUGUACGGUUUCACACGAACAUUUCUAGCGAACAAUUCGGCGCUUCACUCGUUCAGCACCCAGUGGAAUCAUGGGCUGUACAUUGAUUUUUCUUGUACUUGGCCGUGGACUUCGUUAAAGGGCAGCAGUCUUUUGUCAGAAGCUCAAGUUGGUCACUCAGGGUAGUCUGUUCCUGGAUACCUUGGCUGGGGUCUGCUGCAUCAUGCCUGGUUUUCAGGAGCAUGGGAGGGUGACGAGCAUUUUCACUAUUUAUACAUAGGGUUUUGAAGAAGUGAUAAUUGCACAGGCGCCCCAUUAUACGCUUCGACGAGCGAUCUGAUCACGCGUUAAGUGGCUCCAAAAGCUUUUGACGAAAGACUGUAUCCACAUUGCUUGCUUUGCAAUGCUAUCUUGCUUUGCAACGCCUGGAGGUUUCAGCUGUCUUGCCUCUGUGCCUCUCGAUGUUCCUUUACGUGGCGACUGAACGAUAUCUCUUACAUAUAGCAGAAGAACAGCGCGGUUUGAGCUGUGGCGUCAUGCGCACAGGCGUUGGCACAGACCGAUAACACGCGCUUCAUGGAGGGGACGCUUAGCGUCAUGGAAACGUUACUCUCCCUCUCUCUUCGCUUAGUGUUACCACCUCUUUUCCCAGAGGGCUGUUUACAUGGUAGAGUACACCUUUCUGCAGAUGACGUCACAGUCAAAGCUCGCAAGCCUUCUGUUAUCUUACAGGUAUUGGGCUGCGAGCCCCCAUAGUCGAGGUCAGAGCGCGACACGGGCGUUCAACGGCGUUGCGACUCGGCACCACUAAAUGCGGCAGGGAUCGAAUUUGACUUUAAAUGAAUUUUACCUUGGAUAACAAGUUGCACUUGUCACCAAUCGGCCACCUAAACGUGCGAUUGGUAACUUACGUCAGCGGCGCUGCGCGUAAAAUAAAUCUUUAGUUGUCAUCGCAAAUUCUUUGGCUUGCACGUCUAUGUCGAGGACCUCCACCUUUUUUUCUUUCCUCGUUGACGCAAUUUCUUUUCAAAUACGGUGAUACGUUGUUGAUGACUUACUAAAACUCUUGACGUAGUGGGCGCCAGCUGUAUACAUACGUGCGGCGCGGUAGCACUGGCCACUGCGUAGCGAAUGCGCUUGAAAUUCGCCCCCGGUGUGCGCAGCCCGAACUGUAAGGUAGUGCCGUAUAAUCGCAGCUGUAAGCAGCUAGUGGCACGCCAAUAUGGUCUGCCUCCCUCCUCGCAAGCACACACUCACGCCCGCCUUAUUCCUUAGUUGUCAGGUUACUAUCGAGGGAAAAAAAAGAAAGAAAAGCUGCUGGGAUUGUGAAGUGAUGAUCGAACUCGGUGUUUCAUCCGGUAUUGUGCCAUCAUUAGCUUUUCUUUUUUCUUUUUUUUUUUUUUUUUUUUGGGGGGGGGGGGUGAGGGAGAUGGCGAUGUCUCCGAUUACCUGCAUGUGUGGUCGCGUACUGUAUUUUAUAUCUUGAAUCUUCUUUGGCGAACGUGCUGCUCAAACGGAUGUGUUCGGGGCCUUUGACGAUGUGAGCGGUUGACGCUAAUGUGCUGUUCGUUUUCAGUUCAUUCUGUAUAAAGCAGUUACGGGCAUACGCGGUUUGUGCGUUCUUUCAGUGUUUUCGUUCUUGAUUGUCUUACUUUUUCUGUUGUGCGAAGCCAUGCCAUGACGUUUCACUGCACAUCAAAAGAUGUCUUUUGUGUUUGCUGUCUCAUCACAGAGUAUACAAACAUUUAUAUUUUCCGUUCGUUUUGUCCCGUAUGCGUUUUGUUCAUUUGUAUUACUUGGUUGUUCAGUACCAGUCGCGUACGUUGAAACUAUGCAAGAUUAUUUCCAAAGUGACCUUGAAUAAAGCGAUUGAAGAAAGAGCUGAAGAUAGGUUUCGUUCACGUGAAAGACCACGUGACCUGUGGACCAAAGCUUUCCUGUACAUGAAAAAUAAACACGGCUUUUGUGGCGUA